GUCAGAAAGGCCACAGAGGCUGACAGAGAGGGAGGAGGAUGGCGCUGCUGGACAGGCUGGCAUUCCUACACCAGCUUCCUGUGCUGCUGAAGGGGACCUCCGACGACGACACCCCCUGCCCGGGAUACCUCUAUGAACAGAUCGCCAGUAUCCUUUAUUAUUGGUCAUUGGGUAGACCCCCUUCCCAUCCAGGAGGUAUCAGCCUGUACAAGAAAGUUCGAUCCACAGCUCAGGAACUUGUCAGCAGUUUGUUCACGGAUGUGUCGCCGCUCGGCUUCAAUGUGCCCCCUGCCAAGGAGAAGUCCCAGACAGGAAUGGGCUCCCAGGUGUGUCACCCCCAUACAAUGCAGGGAUUCGGGUAUUCCCGGGAUAAACUCGGCUCAGGAACGACCGGUGAAGCUCUGCUCAGCGGUAUUCAGAGGGCAGUGGUAGCGGUGACGCAGGCAGUGCUGGUCGGGGCCGGUUCUCAGUCUCCUUGUCCCGGCGACCAAGCCGAUAACGCAUACAAACCGGUCGCGGUGCCGCCAGGCGUCGGUCAGCCCUCUGCUGAACAACUGGUUCCUAGCGGCGCGCGCAGCAACAGAGGUUGUCACCGAUCAGGAGUUCCCGGCGGGGGCUGGGAUGACAGCGACAGCGGCCACAGCUCACAGGACUCCGCCCAGGACAAAUCCUCCCGCAGUCUGUCCUCCGACGCCGCCAGCAAGACCGGCAGCGACUGCCAAUCCCGGAGCAGCAACAGGGAGAGCGCAGACCCCACAGACAGAGUGGAGCCUUCUCACCCCGGCGAUUGUCUGCAAGAGGCUCAGCUGGUUCUGACGGUGACCCGGGGGGACAGAAUGUUCCUGACGCAGGAGGAAGUGCAGCACUUCAUCAGAGGAUCUUCCCUCCUGAACUGUGAGGUCGUCUUCGAGAUGUUAAAUCGCUCGCUGGAGGACGACAACGCUUGCGUCAAACUGCGCUCCAUGUGUGCCAUCGCUUCCCUGAUGACCUCUGACCUGCUGUCACAUGACCACAUGUUGGCCGUAGUGAGGAGCAACCUGCAGAAGCUGAGCGGAGGACCCGCGGGCCCGGUGAUGGACAAGGCCAGGAAGAUCCUGCUCCAGUUUGAAGCCCUCACCGGACAUUCUCCUAAAGGCGGAGCUUCACGGCGCUCACUACUACCGGCCCUGCCCCAGCUGGGCCCCCUGGACCUUUUAAAUGACAUUGUACCCCAAUCAGAGGCGGAGACUCUGCUGGCCCCAUCCAGUGCCCCCCCUUCCCCCUUUCCAGAACUGGGCGCCCUCACCCCUGCUCACGACGAUUGUGGCGCAUCGGUGCCGGAGGAAGGCCAAGUUACGGACUCGGAGACAUCGGCCCCUGGUGAACAUCCCGGGCCCCGGCAUUACCCAGACGCGCCUUCCCCGAACGCCACGGGGGGCCCUUUGUCGCUGUUUGACGGGAUGGAUUUGGUGACGCAAGUGAGGAGCAGCGUGAAAGCCAAACAAGCGUUCGAGGCGCCCGUCACCAAACUUCACACGGACUCCGUGACGCAGCAAAGAACUGGCCAGCCGUGCCUGUCAUAA